AUGGACGUCAAGAAGAAGUACGAGAUUGAGGCUGCGCUCGCGAACGAGGCGCAGGCCAUCUCAGCCGGGCAUCUCAAGGAGGAAAACCCGCUAGACCUGUCCGACGACUUUCGAGCAUUCUGCGAGGCAUGUCGGCGGGGAGACUUGAAGGUGUGCCAGGAGAAGAUUUCUGAGGGCGUCAACAUAAACGCUAGUCUCUGCGGACACUUCGAAGUGAUCCGCCUGCUACUCGAGAAUGGCGCAUUGUGCGAGCGCGACACCUUCCAAGGCGAACGCUGCUUAUACAACGCCCUCAACGAUCGCAUAAGAAAUCUCCUACUAUCUUACGACUAUGCGAAGUCGACCAACCCUCUGCAACCACUCGCUGCACACAUCACCUCGCUCCUCACCCGGUCUGAACCAAAGACGACCGAUAUCACGAUUACCGCAUACGACCAAGAAUUCCACCUUCACAAGUUUAUCCUAGCAGCUCGAUCUCCGUAUUUUGCAAAGAAGCUAGCAGCCGCGCCGUCGACGACAACAUGGAAGCUACCAAACACGAUACCUGCAGAGGCAUUGGGCGUGGCACUGCAAUACCUUUACUUCCAAGAAGUUUCGGUGCGGAGGGCCCUGUUUGGUCUCAAUGACGAGCAAGAGCUAGUGGUUUUAAGUGGCAUUGAUAAGAUAGGCAAGCAACUAGAAAUAGAGCGGCUGUUCGAGGACAUUACCGAAGUAUCGGACAGGCGGCUACUACGGCAGCGUCGUGGCGAGGAACUGGAGAGGGGGAGAGAUCAGAUGGAUAGUUGGUUCCGAAACAACGUGCUACGACACAGGACGACGGUAGACACGGACAAGGUGGACAAGAUAAGAUGGGAUCGAGAAAACAGCAUCUUCGCGGAUAUUUUGUUACGCGCAGACGAGGACGAGGAGGGUGACGAGGAGCAAACAGACCGUUCUCCCGGACCAUCUGACUCAUCGACUCCACGCGUACGGAACACACCUGGCGCGCUACUUGGAAUACCCGUUGGCCCAGUACGAUCGCGCUCGCCAUCACGCCAUAGGAAGCCCAGGAGGUCGACGAUAUUCCCAGCCCACCGCGCUAUGCUCCUACGCUCAGAGUACUUCCUGACCAUGUUCAGCUCGCAGUUCAAGGAGGCUCAGGACACGCCGCACCUGCAAAUUAUCACGAUCGAUUGCUCACCAGCAGUUCUGGAGACCAUUUUGACCUUCAUGUACACCGAAAAAGCCGACUUUGGCCUAGACAUUGCCAUUGACGUCCUUUUUGCUGCGGAUCAACUAUUCAUCGAGAAACUCAAGCAACGUGCUGCCAUUAUCAUUUCUGCGCUUGGAAACGGCUCCACAUCAGCCGUUGAGGCGGAUAAUCCGCGUGGCGCGACUGAUGCCGAUGCUGAUGAGGCUGUCGAUAUAUAUGAGGUUAUGCGAGCCGGAUGGGAUACACGUGUUCAACGUUUGGAGGAGUUCGCGGCUCGAUACAUUGCAUACCGCCUGGAACACUAUAUCGAUCAGCCAGAAUUUGCGGAGCUGGUCUUGGAGUCUGCGAACAGAGUCAAGGCACGUCAAGAGACGGACACUGUUGAAUUGGUAGAUGACUUGAGGUUUUAUUUGAGCGAAAGAUUUAGGCUGCGUUUUGAGGAUAGUGGUUUGGAUGAGAUGAUGGACGAGUCCGCAGCCAUUCAAGCGGUGGCUGAUGCUACCGAAGGAGAUCUUGUAGACUCCAUGGGCGACUUCGCGCUCGAGACUAAGAUUCCUGAGAAGACUUCGGCGCUUGUUCACGAGCAGCUUGCCACUGGUACUAUACGAACAUUAGAUGGUGAGGAAGUUGGAGAUGAGUUCUUGCAGGACGCAAUGAACUAUCAGGUUCUGCUGGGCAAGAUCGAUGCGCUGCUGGAAAAGCUGAACCUAGAUGCAUAG